AUGUCCGCAUUGCCCGCAAUCCACGACGCCCUCGCCAGCGACGAGCUUCUCGCAAACGCCCUCGCCGUCCUCUUCGAACCCUCGCCCGUCCUCUUCUCCCACCUCGUCCCCGGACUCGUCGCGUACAUCCCGUCCUCCCCCCAGCCGAUCCGCACAUACUCGGCUCUCAUCGACGCGUCCCUCGCAACCAUAGCCACCUGGCCGGACGACCUCAGGGCCCGCUUCGUCGCCGGUCACCCGCGCAUCGGCGAGGUCAGCGGCCUCUCGCGCCUCAGCGCCAACGAGCAGGCCGCCGCGGCGACGCCACCAGACGUCCUCGCCCGCCUCGCGCACCUGAACGCGUGCUACGAGCGCCGCUACCCGGGUCUCCGCUACAUCACGUUCGUGAACGGACGGACGAGGGCGGCCGUCAUGGCCGAGAUGGAGGGCGCGCUGGGCCUCGAGCCGUCUUUGAGUCCGGACCAGCCGCCGCUCCGCACCGUCGCAUCCGUCGACGUCGGCGGUCAGGAAUGGAGGCGCGAGCUGGACAGAGCGGUGGUGGACGUAGGCCGGAUAGCGAAAAGUCGUCUCAGAGCGCUGGGUGCGGAGUGA